CUGCUCUUCUCUGCCUCGGUCACUUGUGGACCAGCAGCAGGAGGGGAUGGGCAGGAAAUUCUCCCUUGUUCUUGUGGAACCUCAAGCUCAGGCAGCUUGAGUGGACAGGGCCCUGAUUGGAAGAAAAUCAGCUCAGACGUCUGGGUAGAAAACUCUGACAGGAACUCUCUUCCAGGGCUGAGUCUAGACCAGAGGACCCGUGUGCAGGAAGAAGCCUACAGCAAACCCAGCCUCUCAGCCCUGCCCAGCCCUGUUGUGACCUCAGGAGGGAACGUGACCCUCCAGUGUGGUUCAGGCCAAGGAUUUGAUGGAUUCAUUCUGACUAAGGAAGGAGAACACAGGCUCGCCUGGUCCCUGGACUCUCAGCCACAGCCCAGUGGGCAGUUCCAGGCCCUGUUUCGUCUGGGCCCCCUGACCUCCAUUCAGAAGUGGACGUUCAGAUGCUAUGGCUGUUACAAGAAGGUGCCCCAGGUGUGGUCACACCCCAGUGAGUCCCUGGAGCUCCUGUUCUCAGACUGCACAGUGGAGAAUCUCAUCCGGAUGGGCGUGGCUGGCUUGGUCCUGGUGGUGCUCGGGGUGCUGCUAUUUCAGGCUCGAAACGACACCAGAAGGACCCUCCAUGCAGCCAGGAUGUGAACACAGAGGGAACAAUGCACCGUUCAGAGUGGGGGAGCCCUGGAGCCCAUCUGAUGACCCCAGGAGGGGCUGAAAGAGAAUGUGGACCAUAAUUGGGGAAAAUGUCUGCUGAGAAUGUCCAGGGGAGCAGCCGUGGUAGGCGAGGUUUGGGUGCAGGAGAACGUGGGUCAUGUCCCUGUAGAGGACGCCUCCUCCAUCCACCUGGGUGCUCUCCCUCCCUCCCUGUCCUCGCUCACUCUCCUUCACUGCCCUUCUGUUCUCACCCUGUGACGUGAGGGUCCAUCCCACAUGGCUGGUUUGGAUUCACAUCUGUACACCCCUUCAUGCUGGGCCACAUCCAUCCCAACAAAAUGAGGUAUCUUCACAACCCUGGGAUUAGUUUAAACCAUAAAGGACAAAGGAUGGGUACCUGGUACAUUGUGGGAAAACAUCAUAAUAAUGCAGCUCAGUGACAGAAAGCGGGCGCAUAAGGUCAGGGGUUGUGUGAUUCCAUUUAUGCGAAAUGUCCAGGAGAAGGAAACCCAUAGAAACCGAAAUCAGAUUUUGUCUGGGGUUGACCAAGAGGACAGAUAGGAGAUGGACUGUUUGGUGUUUUUGUGGGGGGUUGGGUAUAAAUACUUCUUGAAACUAGAUAGAUGUUGUCAUUGAGACAUUGUGUAUUUAUUACAUUCUAGUGAAUUUUAUAUUUUAAAAGACUGAGUUGUAUGUUAUGUGACUGUUGCAUCAAUAACAAUAAAUGCAAGUGAAACACGCGUGGUUCCCUUCAGCUCCCUUAUACCUUGGAGGUUGCCCCACUUGUGUCUGUGGAACUUUAUAGGAGCAAGACUCCCACCAGGUCAGAGGUGCCCUAAGUGCUUUAGU